AGAUGCGCCUUAUCAAGAGUAUAAAUAAAACGUUAUUUUAAAUAUGAACGCAUUAUCAAGAACACUUUUCACAAUGGAUUUACAACUGACAAGCGCAAUCAUUUUAACGUUAUUAUGUGUAACAACUAUAAAAGCACAAGUGCAAUGUCCAACCAAAUGGAACCAAUACGCGACUGAUCAAAAACGGACCACGUGUCUUUGGCUCAGCCAGCAGGAGAAGGCUUCGUGGAUAAAUGCUCAUGCCUUCUGUCACCUGAUGGGGUCAUCCUUGGUAGAUGUUUCUGACUUUUAUAUGAAUGUACGACUGGCCAAUCUGAUCACUCAAUUCGGAGUUACAGGUAAAUAUUGGAUAAACGCCAAUGAUGUCGAAGAUGACGGGACAUUCAAGUCGACAGUGUCCGGCAAGGGGCUGACGUACAAUAACUUUAUCGGAGGGCAGACGAUCUUAGAUCCCGCUAAGAACUGCGUUAGCAUCGAUCAGAAAGGACUAUGGACCAUUGAUGCUUGCAAAACUGAGAACCACUUCAUUUGCCAGAAAAAGCCAUAGUUGCUUACGAGAUUUACAGGGACAUAUUUCACAUGUACUUCUAUUGUAUUAGCACAGGCAAAUAAAUAAUACUUCAACAUGAAAAUACGUUCAAACAUUGAUUUAAUUUACAGCUUAGAAAUUGGUUGACAUGUGCACGUUUUGAAAACAGGCAUUCAAGUAUUGAGAUCGAACAAUUUUCGGCAUUGAUAAGUCCUCCAUUUUUAAACACAGUAUUCAAUUAAAAAUACAGCAAACACCCGGUAGCCAAACUAUUUUGAAGACCCUGAUUUAGGGCACAGGGAUAAUGCACAACAGUCACUUACACGACAGAACCACACAUACAUCAACGUGUAUGUAUUACCAAUAGUGCAUAACAUUUGUUUAAAGACCUCUUACACUUAUUUCAUAUUCACUACAAAAGAAGUGAUUGACGUUAAUCAAAUUUAAAAGUUAACGUUGAUAAUAAACACAGCAACCAGUGCGAAAAUGGAAUUAGAAAGUUCCUUAAAAUUUCAUUUAGUUAAAAAUAAUAAUUGCAAUGUCGUUCAUGUAGUUUUAUUUGGUUUAGUUUCGUUUAAGUCGAAAUUACAUUAAAUGUAAAUAAAUCGGACUUCGAGAUAAUCAGAAUUUAAUAAGAUUUCUGUCUUGUAUAUAAUACACAGGAUUUAUUUUAAUGAACGAUUUUUGUCAAAUCGAAGCGUGUUCGUUUUAAUCUAGAAUGCAUUGAAAAAAUGCCACCUCAGAUUUUAUGUAUUUAUUAAUUGUUCUGUCGAACGUUUUUACAUUAAUCUUCAAAUGUUAUCAAUAAUGUCCUAUGGGGCAAACUACAACAAUUCAGAAAAGCCUACUCAUUGUUGCAUGCCUUUAUUUUCUUUGAUUAUCACAUGACAGUGAAUCACAGCAUGGUUAUACCAUCUCAGACUAUUGGCUACUUUCCAUAUUUAUUGAUUUUGAAGCUUAUGCAGUGCUUGAAUUCAUCAUAGUACGUAACUCAAUACGACGUGACGCCCAAUGACCAGUCUGGCGUUUUGAAUUGUUAUGAUUCGCAAUAAAAAAUCUUACAUAGCUUGAAAAAGAUUAAACUAUCAUUUUGUUUGUUUAAACAUUAUACAAAGUAUAAAAAGAAACAAAUGCCUGGUUAUUUUGAAAAUAAAAACAGAAUAUUUAAUAAAGGAUAUCAAUUAUA